AUUGUAAACAUGUUUAUGAAUAUCCAUUUGAUGAAAAUGUUUUAAAAAAUCAUUAUAUGAAAAAACAUUUGAAAAUAUGGGAAUCUAUUAAAGAAAGUAAGAGAGGACGUAAAGCUAGAUUUGAAGAAAAGAAAAAUUUUUUGAUUCAACAAGAAAGAAAAAAAAUUUUUUCUGUAGCUCAAGAAUUAAAUAAUAAAUUAAAUAAUUCUAUGUCUCAACUUUUAAAUAAUGAAUUAAAUAAUUCUAUUCAAGAAAUAGAACUCCCUCUUGAAUCUUGUAAUGAUAACAACAUUCAUUCAGAAAUUGUUUCAGAAAAAAAUAAUCAAAAAAAAACAUCUUUUUGCAUUGAAUUUGAAGGUGAUGAAAAAGUUGAGCUUCAAAUUAGUAAUUUUCCUCCGAUCAAAGCUAAAUUUUUCCUUUAA